CGAGGCUCACGUCACCGGUGGUGCAGUUAUCUCCUGAAUCAGGCUGAAGGACUUCACUGCAAACUCAGGGGCGGCAGGUUGACGAGUCACAUCCAGGUCCAGAGGGUCGGGGGCCAAUCAGACUUGCUAUGGGACCUAGCAGGUGCGUCUGGGAAGCCCAGCCCCUUACAGAUUGGACCCUCGAGAGCAAGGCCCUGAUGCAAGAGAUGGGCACCUGGCUGCUGAUCUGCACCUGCAUCUGUGCCUGGGUCGGCCCGGGAGGCUCUGUCCCAGGGGAAGGAGGAGGGCUGGGGGCUGGAACUUUCACCUGUCACUCCAACAACAUCCUCAGGAUUGACUGCCGCUGGUCCACCCCAGAGCUGGGCCAGGCUGCCGAGCCCUGGCUCCUCUUCACCAGCAACCACGCGCCAGGCAGCAAGCACAGGUGUGUCUUCCGGGGCAGUGUGUGCACCGUGCUGCUGCCCCCUGAGGAGGUGCUCGUGCCUUCUGACAACUUCAACAUCACUUUCCACCGUCACAUCUCUGGGAAGGAGCAGGUCAGCGUGGUGGACCCACAGUACCUGCCCCGGAGACAUGUGAAGCUGGAUCCUCCCUCUGACUUGCAGAGCAAUGUCAGCUCUGACCACUGUGUCCUGACUUGGAGCAUCAGUCCUGCCUUGGAGCCGCUGACCUCGCUCCUUAGCUACGAGCUGGCCUUCAAGAGGCAGGAAGAGGCCUGGGAGCGGGCUCAGCACAAGGGUCACAUUGUCGGGGUGACCCGGCUUGACCUGGAAGCCGUCGAGUUGGACCCUGGUUCCACCUAUGAGGCCAGGCUGCGUGUCCAGAUGGCCACCGCGGAGGGCGAGGUGGUGGAGGAAGAGAGUUAUGAGGGCCAGUGGAGCGAAUGGAGCCAGCCCGUGUGCUUCCCCUCUCCCCAGAGACGAGGUCCCCCGACCCCAGCUUUGGGGCAGCCUGACAGCACCCUCGUUGCUGUGUGCAUCUUCCUCCUGCUGACCAGCCUGACCUACCUGCUCUUCAAGCUGUCACCCAGGAUGAAGACAGCCUUGUACCGGGACGUGCCCUCCCCGGGGCCGUUCUUCCAGCCUCUCUACAAUGUGCACAACGGGAACUUCCAGACCUGGAUAGGGGCCCAGAGAGCCAGUCUACAGCCGAGCCAGGACCACGCUGGGGCCCCACGAGGAGCCUUGGAGUCCGGUGUCCGGGAGGCCAUUGCUUUGCUCACCUAUGACCCAGCGGAUGCCUGGCAGUCAGGGGGCCUGGAAGAGGAGGAGGAGGCCAGCACCGGCCUCCCAGCAGAUGUGCUGCCAGCAGGGCGUAUGGAGUGGGGAGGGCAGCCGCCCGCCUACCUGCCGCAGGAGGACUGGGUCCCUGCAAGCCCUACCAGGCCAGCUCUCCCACGGCCCGAGGACAGUAGCAGCGACUACUGUGCCCUGGGCUGCUACGGGGGUGGCUACCCCUUGGCCUUCACAGGAAGCACACAGAGCUCGGAGCCUAGCCUGGCCUGGGCCUGUGGGCUUUCCUGUAACCAGCAGAGCCUGGAUGCCCGGCCAGGAGGCAGCUGUGUGGGCAUUAGUCACAAUCAGAGGCAGGAUGCUGGUGAACAGGCCACAUGAGGCCCUCCUCCCCUUGGCAGACAGUCCCCACAGCGCUGCAGCAGGAACACGGACUGAAGUCGCUGGAGCUGACCCUGGACUGGCACUGGACCUCUGGUCGGGGGCCACCUACACAGUGGUCACACAUCCGGUCUGGAUGGAGGAAGGAGGGCUCUCCCCUCUCUGCCUCUCCGCGAGUGGGGCUCUGCUCUCAGCAUCCUGCCAACCAGGCCCCCUGCCUACCACUUCCCUCCUUAUUUCCUGGCUUAACCCCAGGCCCCUCUGAGAAGACGGGGGUCUGCCCCACAGCCUGUUCUUCCAUUCCCUCCUUAAAGGGCCAGCCUGGGCCAGUGGACACAGGUGGCAUGCUGUGACCAGACCAAGUGUCAUCUCUCUGUGUCUUCCUGAGGUACCUCCCCUACUGAAAUGUUCCAGAUUAAUGGCUAGGGGAGGGCCUUGGAGGACAUGUUGUGGGGGGGACAGUGUCUGGCUAUUCCUGGGUUUUCUCGGCUCCAGGAAUAGCAGGAGGGGAGGCCCCCUGCUCCUCCUUGUCCUCAUCCUCCCGUGGGUCCCAGGAGGCUGAGAGCUGUGGCCAGAGCUCCCAGUCAGAGGCAGAAGUGACCACACAGCAGUGGCCUUGUUCAGUGAAGGGCCCUGCCGCCACCCCGCACCCCAUGGUCUGGAUAGAAGGGGGACAGAGCAGAGGGUGCCUGUAUCUGUCUCCUAUGGCGGCCGUAACAUCGUAACCACAAACUAGCUGGCUGAGAAUAAUACAAAUUUGUUGCCUCCGCACUGCUCCAGUCCUGACAAGGCGGGUGUGUGUGUGUGUGUGUGUGUGUGUCUGAAUCCCUUCUUUUUAUAGCAACAUAAUCAUAGUAGAUGGGGGCUGACCUGAUGACUUACUUUAUCUUGACUUGAUCAUCUGCAAAGACCCUGUUUCCAUGUAAGGUCAUUUUCACACGGACUAGAGGUUAAGACCUCAGCAUAUGAAUUUCUGGGGAGCACAGUUCAACUCAACAGUGUCCCUGCCUCUGCCAGCCCUUCUGGCUAGCCCAAGGGACCGUGGCCCCUCCCGGGGCAACCCCAUCACUCUUGCUGAGGGCCCCAGGCAGAAGGUCCUCUCCCUCUGGCUGCCGGACUUGAGUCUGGUAUGGGGGUCACUGCCCAGUGAGGGCUGGCAUGAGUUUGUUCUGGGGUUGGACGUGAUGACACUUGAAGACAGGAUGCAAUGGAGGCCUCUCUCUCUCUGGGUGCUGAGCCAGAGAGGGUACCUCUUUGGAGGGGCUCCAGGGUCCCCUGUGGCCUGGGCAGAAUGGGACUUGCAGCCCCAGGCCCCCAAAGGCAAUGGUCUCUUCUGGCUCAAACAGGCAUCCCCUCCCCUCUGUGUGGCUGCGGAGCCCUGAGGUUUGGUGGGGAGCCUCAGCAGAGCCGGGUCCUGGUCAGCAAGGACGAGCAGGACCCAGAAUGUAUCUUUAGUACCCAGAGAGUGGGGGGGUGUGGACGGAAGUGAGGCACAGGCAUCCUCAGCUCUCACCAAGUGUAAAAAUACUAAGCGUGCGUCCACUUCCUGGAGCCGCACCUGGAAGCCCCCGGCUGGUGUAUUUAUAACAGCAUCUGUCUCCUACCUCUUCACAUGGGGCCUGCGUCCCCUGUGGGAUCAGACAGCUGGGACACCUCUUCUGUGUGGCCAGGGACCCUGUUCACUUGAUUCACACACUUUGUCCUGGGGGCAUCUGAGUGUGAAGCCACUUACAGGCUGUGUGACUGUGGGUGACCAUGCUGCCCCUCAGUACGUGGGACCCCCUCAAGUGUCUGUGAGUUCAUCUAGGCCAGAAGCCUGCACACCGCGCUGCUCGGAAGACACUAAUUUCCCCCUACUCAGAUGGGGCAACCCUUGGAAACCGUGUGCUGAGAUCUGGUUUAAGGCAGAGCAAGGUUCGAAAGAUCCUUACGUGAAUGACAUUUGAAACCAGCACCUCUGUCUAGUUCCAAGACAUCCUCAUUCUCCAGAAGGAGACCCUGCCCCUCCCACCCUCCCUCUGACCUCGGCGACCACUGGCUGCUUUCUGUCUCUGGAUUUACCACUUGUGGACGUUUGAUAGAAGUGGAAUCACACAGGUGGCGCUGAGCCUGCACCUCUUACCCACGUGGCUUCCACCAUGGACUUGGCUCUCUGCUGAGAGGAGCUGUCUCCUCAGGCCCCACCAUGGCUGCGCUUUGGGGAAAAACUGCAGGUCAGCGUCUAUGCAACAGGAACUCAGUCUCCUUAGGAUUCUGGGGCUGUGGCUUCAGGACAAGGCGGGGCUGCGUCCAUGCUGACAGAAGCUGGAUUUCCUGAUGACCCCGGUGCUUCCAGGAGGAAAAGGUCAUCCACAGCACAGAAGAGAGUGGAUCCUCGUAAAGCCUUUCCACAGUGCCUCUAAACUGUGUGGAGCCUGGGUGAACUGGAUCUGGGGCGACGCUGAGCCCACCUCUCUGAAACACUGCAUGGUGGUUCCACCUGGGGCCUGGCCCUGCGUGCAGCUGAAAGCAGCUCUGCCUCCUCCGGACAGCCUGGGCUUGGGCUUUGCCCAAUGCAGAAUCUCAGCAUCUAGGCUGGAAAUCAAAUGACAGCAUGAAAUUCUAGCUGGACACCAGGCCGCUCGAUGCACACAUUGAGACUGAGACCUACCCUCUCCUGCUUAAAAGCAUAGAUUGGCAUGUUGCGCAGCCAAGUUCGAGCAGAGCUAGCACCAAGUUAAGACCUCCUGGGUGUUCUCAGAGCCUCUGAGAGAGACCUGAAAUCAGAACAGCUUUCUCAGUCAGUGUUUCCGUGUUCUCUCCCGUCACAUCUGUCAGCACCCUCCCCACCCCCGAAAUCACAUCACAGACAACUCUGGCAAACACUACUGUGGGAGUGAAGACCUUGGCUCUGGAACCAGAUGUGGGUUCUGGCUGUGUGACUUGGCCAAGCUGCUGUCCCUCUCUGUGCCUCUGCUUCCUGCUAUCAGACGGAAUAAUUACACCUUUCCCAGUGGGGUGUUAGGAAUGAGAGUGAGGUUAUGCAGGCAAAGAGCUGGGCACCCGGUAAGUCUCACAAAAGUUCAUGAUUAGAGUUGUUACAGAGACUUUCUGAUCAUUGUCCAACGCCAACUUUGUUCUUUUCUUUAAACAAAGGAAGAAACAAAGACCAGAGAGGGAAAGCACCUUGGCCAAUGUCACACAGCCAGCCAGCGAUAAUCAAGAUUAGCAGUCAGUCCCCUGUCUCCAUCAAAGAUCCUUGUAUACCAACUCCACAGUGGGACCUGAGCAGCUAAGAGCCCAAAAGUUUCAUUCCACCCACACUCAAGUACUUACUGUGUGCCAGGCCCAGUACUGCACACAGACACAGCCUUGCCCUCUGAGAGUUUACCACUAGACUGGGAGGGAACCAGCAUUUACAGAAACAGUCAUGAGACUGAGGCAGGCAUGACCAAGGGAGCCUCCUGACUGGCUGGGUGGGGACGGGGGUGGUCAGUGAAGGCUUCCUGGAGGAGGUGGUGGUGGCUGGGAUCUGAAGGAUGAAGAGGAGUCUAGGGUUUGUGGGCAGAAGGCUCCAGUGAGGAAAGGCCACAAAAGAGGCAGGUCCUAGACAUGUCCCUUGGGGUGUGGCCAGGGCAGGGCUCUUGACCCUCAAGCAGAGGGGGCUACCAGCUCUUCAGAGUGGAAUUCCUCAAAUCAAGGCCUGGGACACACCUACUGUGACAUGAAACAUUAAGAUUCCCAAGCCCUAACCCAGACCCUCUGAAUCUGAUCUCCAGGGCAGGACCCAAAAAGCUGUAUUAUUAUUGCUGUUAUUUUUACAGGCUCCCCAGGGGACCCUGCCUCCCUCCAGGGUUUCAGGGCCAACAAUGCAGGUAUACGGGAGUCGGGGGGAGUCAGAGAGGUGUGCACAAACAGGCCAGCAAACAGAAGCUGUGAGUCUGUCCAGCCAUGUCCCAAAACUUGGCUGAGCAUCUGCCAUGUGCCAGGCCUGGACACACAGGAACUGGGGGAGGGGAAGUGGGAAGGAGGGGAGUCUUAGGGAACAAGACCCAGGACACACCCUCUGCAAAGUCAACCAAAGAGGGAGUCUUUCUCAAAGUGGGGUCCCAGGAACCCCAGUCCUAUAAAUUACCCCUGAAAAGAAGGCUUUGUCAGUCAAGGUGGUUAGGAAAACCCAACCCCUCAAUACGUUCAUGAGCCAAUAAAAGCUCUGAGAAGUCCUGCAGUGGAGAAAGCUGGUAUUUAGUGGAGUGUCCAGGAAGGCUCAGAAAAGGACGUUGUUGAUGGAGGAUCUGAGUGAGGUGAGGUAAGGCUGCCAGGUCAUGGGCCGACCCCAUCGCCCGCAUCCCAGGCUGGGCAGACCCCAUGGGGACUGUGAGCACUUCUGCCCCUCAGCCCUACCCCAGCCACUCACCAUCAACCUGGCCUCACCAGUCAGACGUGGUGAGUCUCAACCAAAAAAUUUAACCCAUGAUGGUUUGGGCCACAACUGGGAACCUGCAGGGUGGGUCAGGUGGGGGACUUUGCUCCUCUGGAGCUCAUACCGGCUCCACCUCAGGGCAAGGCCAGUGCCCAAACCAGCUGGGUGGGGCAGGUUUGAGAAAGCGCCUUCUGGACUCCUCCCUGGCCCACCUGUUAUUCUAGCUGAAGCCCAGCACCAGAAGGGACCCGAGGUGAGGGGACAGCCAGCCCCAGGGACUUGGUAGUCCUGCUGGAGAACAAAGGACAGCUCAGCAGGAGCUUAUGGUCAGACAGGCGUGGGUUCCAAGUCCUGUUAGGCCACUUACUGCUUGGACCAUCCCAGGCAAGCACCUCACCCUCAAGAUGCCUCAGUCUCUCUAUCUGUCACCUGAGGGCGAUGGCAGAGACAUCAUGGUAAUUUGACACUUACUGCACACACCUCACCAGACAGCAGACACAUUCAUGGUCAUUACUUUGACAGCAUCCCAGCUCUAAGCCCCUGGGGGAGGUUUGUCUGCCCCUUUACAGAUGAGGCAAAUAAGGUUCAGAGAUGACAAGGCACCUGCCCAGGGUCACACAGCUUAUGAAUGGGAGCCAGGAUCAUCUCCUCAGACAGUCUUGCUCCAGAGGCCACAUGAUCAAACACUGGGCUACAGCUGCUCAUAGGGGUGCUGAGAAGAGCCAACACACAGCAACCACCACCAUCACCACAGUAGUAUGAGCUCACAUUUACUUUCUACAGCCAGGCUCCCUGCUCACUUCUUAAUCUUCAUUACCACCUCAGGUAGGUAGUGGCCAAGUGGGUGAUCAUAUUAUUAUCUCCACUUUACUGAUGUGAAAAUGGAGGACCAGAGAGGUUCAGUAAGUUUCCCAAAGUCACACAGCAUUUAAAUGUCAGAGCCAGAAUUCUAACCCAGGCAGGCCCUAGAGACCAGGCUGGUUAACAACACCAUGUGACAGUCCUGCUGGGCUGCCACCCUACCACAGGUGCUCAACAGAUUCACUUAAAGGCCACAUGCCCCAAACCCCAAUGGGAUACCAUUGCUCACUCACUUGGAUGGCAAUAAUCAAAUAGACAAUAACAAUUGUUGGCAAGGAUGUGGAGAAAUCAGAACUCGCACACACUGCUGGCUGGACUGCAAAACGGUACAGCCGCUUUGGAAAACAGUCUUAAAGUUUCUCAAAAAGGUAAACAUCAAGGUGCCCACGACCCAGCAAUUCUACUUGACAUCUGCCCAGGAGAGAUGAAAACACAGGUCCACACAAAGACUUGUACACAAAUGUUCACAGCAGGACUACUUACAAGAGACAGAAAGUGGAAACAACAUGGUCAACUAAUGAAUAGAUACAAUGUGGACCAUGCACAGAACGGGAUACAAUUCUGCCAAAAAUGAACGCAGUGCUGAUACACACGACAGUACAGGGAAACCCUGAAACCACGAUGCUAAGUGAAAGAAGCCAGACACAAAAGGUCACAUAUGGAAUGAUUCCACUUAUAUGAAAUGCCUAGAAUAGCAAAUUCAUAGAAGCAGAAAGUAGACUCGUGGUGGCCAGGGGCUGGGGUAGGGUUGGGGAUUAGGUGAGGAGUGAGUGCUAAAGGGUGUGGGUUUCUUUCUAAGGUGAUGAAAUGCUCUAAAAUUGAUUAUAGUGAUGGUUGAUAAUUCAGUGACUAUACUAAAAACCACUGAAUUGUACACUUUAAAUGAGUGAACUCUAUGGUAUGUGAGUUAUAUCUCAAAGCUGUUACCAAAAACAUUGGCAAGUGCCAUUUAAAAGUGAUAGGGCUUCCCUUCUACCCCCACCCCCUUGAAUGGGUCCCGCCUUUUAUCCUGUUUUCUGUGGAGGCUGGGACAGCUCCACCUUAUGCCCAACUGCCUGGAAGAUGCUGGUUAACACUCAACAGAGGGUUGACCAUGUGCCCGGCUGGUGCCAAGCAAAUCACAGAAAGAUUAGCUCAUUUAAUCCUAACACCCCGUGAAGUAGCACUGCUCUCCCACUUCACAGAUGGGAAAACAGAGGCACGGAGCAACUAGAUAACUUGGCCCCAGUCGCACUGCCAGAAAGCGGGGUGGAGCUGGGAUUCCAAUCCAGGCCAGCGGAGCACAGUCUCAGCACUUCUGCCUUUUGGAGCACUUCUGCCUUUUGGGUUUGGAGUCCUGAAUGAGAGGCCCCAAAGGGUCCUGCAUUCCCCGCCCCCAUCCAGCUGGCCACGGGAGCAGACCUGUGUCCCCUUGAGAGCUGCAGAGCCCUGUGCCAGGAGCACAGGAAUGCAGGCAGGUUGGGCACCAGCAGGGAGGGUGCACAGAUCCCAAGAGGGCCGGGAACUGGGUGGGCCAGUCCAGCUUUUCACCUCGCUAGUGAGCCACACGAAGGCAGCCAGAAGAGGCCCCUGGGGACCGCCGGCCCAGCUGACGAAGGCCCAGAUCCAGCCCUUCCCUCUCAACCUCUUCUCAGUCCUGUCCCAGCCACGGACAUGAAAGUCUCCUGGCUGAGCCAAGAAAGCUGAGAUGCCCCUGCCCACCUUAGAGAAGGGAAGGGACCAGGGAGGCAGAUCAAAGUGACACACUGGGACAAGGACAUAUCCAGCCUCCCUCCAUUUACUCAGGAGUUUAACACAGACACAGGUGCUGAGGGCAGUGGCCAAGGGCACUGGAAGGUGCCCCUGAAGUCAUCCAGCCCCACCUGCUCAUUACACAGAUGAGCAGACGGAGGCCCUCUGAAGUGAAGGCAUCCGCCCAAGGUCACACGGGGGCAGCUAGUGUCUGGAGCCAGACAGGGUUCAAAUCCUGACUGCACCAAACAUGGGUGUAACCUUGGAGGAGCUUUAUAUUUCUGGGCCUCGGUUUUAUCAUCUGUCAAAUGGGUGAGAUACAUCUUAUCUAGGUAAGUGAAGUGGGAAGGGAAGGGUCAGAGUCAGUUCCAGAAACACUGGAAUCAGGUUUCAAAGACCACUCGGGGACUCGAGGACUGAGCUGGAGGUUCAGAGCAGCCUCUAGGGGCCCAAAAGCAGAUUAGACAUCAUAUAAGUUCAUGAGCCCGGCACACCGGAGACACUCCAUAAAUAUUCAUUCUAAUCACCUACUGUUGGACCAACAGACGUUCUUCAAAGUCCAAUGACCCCCAUUCCUGGGCUCUCAGAUGUCUGCCUGUGAUCCCUCAACAGAUAAAGCACAUUCUUUACUAGGUGUGUUUCCCCUAACAAACUAAUAGCCCUAGGUAAUAAUCUCUCAGUAGCUCAGGCUGGUUCAUUUCAGCCCACCUUGUCAGAGUUAUAAACCCCACCACUCUUCACAGGCCCUAAACCUCUUACCUCACCUACAGCCAAUCAGAGCCCUGUGCACAAGCCGAUCAGGCACCUUAUGACCUGACCUUGUAAAACACCCCAGUAACCGGCCCUUGGGGCUCACACAGGCACCUCUUGCCUGCGUGGCCCACUGUUGCCUAUGACAGCGUACCCUAAUAAACUCCCUUCUAUUCUCAUGUUUUAUCUCUGGUGAAUUCUUUUACCAACCUGUGCCUCACCUUAUCACUGACCGGCCGCCCUGGUGUGCCCACACCACCUACCACAUUGAAGGAGCUCCAUAAAUGGUGACAAUGACCAUUCAUUCACGAAACACAU